AAAUUAUUUUUGGCCAAGGGGAAAAACAGAAGCCAGUGGAACGUUAAAUUCAGCACCAAGAUUCUUUCAGGUCUCCCAAAAUUUUCAGAGACGAUGUAUGUGUCCACCAAGGCUCUGCUUGGGGCCGCCAUUAUCUGUGCAACUCUGGUGGCUGAAGGCUGCGGCUACUUCUUGGACUUCCCCCUCUCCACCACCACCGCCGAGCAGCUCUCGAAUCUCAUUUGGAGCUACGAUGACACCGUCUUUCAAGGCGAAGACCACCGCCCAGCGCCGCCUAAUACUACUCAAGAACCCCCCCUCACAAAUGCUUCUAUCCGGGUCGUUUACAACCAGCCAUUCAAGCUCAAAAACAGACGAGAAAUCGCGGCUUUCACAACCGAUUUUGUGCUUAACUUCGGCUCCUCGACCAACUCCUCCGCCGCCCACGAUGGCAUCGCCUUUAUUCUUGCGGCAGAUCCCUCCCCUCCUUCCAGCAGCGAGGGCCAGUGGCUGGGGAUUACCAAUUCGACCACCGACGGGACAGUGGAAGCUGGGAUUUUUGCAAUUGAAUUCGAUUCGAGGAAGAGUUUUCCCGAGGAUGUGGACGGGAACCAUGUGGGGUUGGAUUUGAACAGUGUUUACUCUGUUUUCCAGAUGCCAUUGUCGGAAUUUGGGGUUAAUCUUUCUGCUACGGAUGAUAUUUAUGUUAGAGCCGAAUUUGAUGGUAAGAACAUUUCUAUUUACGUCUCUUUGUCGGCCAGAUUGGAAGAUCGGUUGAAAAACCGCGUCAUUUUUCAUCCCCUGAAUCUCUCUGUUCUCCCCGACGAGGUUUACCUCGGCUUCUCUGCUUCAAAAUUCGAGUACAACGCUCAAUUGAACUGGGGGGUAAAAUCGUGGCAGUUUUCCGGCACAGAUAUCGGUGACAAACGCCGGUGGGUUUGGGUCUUCCUCGGCGCCGGUGGACUCGUUCUCUUAUCUGGGGUCGCCCUUUUGAUCCUGUGGAUCAUGAGAAAACGAAAAUUGAACGAUCUGGAAGAAGGAUACCCAGGGAUAGAAGACCAGCUUCAAGAUUUCUCCAUAGCACCACGAGUUCAGAAGUUCGAGUUUUCAGAGCUGAAGAAGGCAACUGGCAAUUUCGACGCCAAGAACAGGCUCGGGAGAGGCGGAUUUGGAACGGUUUACAGAGGAGAUUUGAUGAACAGAGAGGUGGCCGUGAAGAGAAUCUCAGAGAAUUCCCAUCAAGGGAAGCAAGAAUUCAUUGCCGAAGUGGCAACAAUCGGUGGCCUCCAUCACAAGAACCUCGUCAAACUAAUGGGAUGGUGCUACAAGAAGAGAGAUCUUUUGCUGAUAUACGAAUACAUGCCCAACGGCAGCUUGGACAAGCUGAUYUUCGGUGGCGAUGACAACUCCUCCGCCACACCCAAUUGGGAAACCAGACGGAAUAUAAUCUGCGGAGUAGCGGAGGCUCUCGAUUAUCUUCACAACGGGUGUGAGAAGAGAGUGAUCCACAGAGACGUGAAGCCUUCAAACAUAAUGUUGGAUUCGAAGUUGGAAGCUAAGUUGGGAGACUUCGGGUUGGCUCGGGCAAUUCAUCGAACAGAACAGACGCAUCACUCAACAAGAGGAAUAGCUGGUACAUACGGCUACAUGGCACCAGAAAUUUUCCUAACCCGCAGAGCAACAGCGGAGACAGACGUAUACGCAUUUGGGAUUCUUGUUUUGGAAGUCGUGUGCGGGAGAAAGCGUACAAGUAAAAAUCCAUCGAACCUGAGUGUAUACGAAGGCCAUAUUACAAAUUGGGUAUGGGAGUUUCAGGAGAGAGGAGAGAUCCGAGGAGCUGCCGAUGGGAGAAUUGGAGGGCAAUGUGAGGAAGAAGAGAUGGAGAGAACUUUGAUUGUAGGAUUGGCUUGUUGCCAUCCGAACCCCCAUGAGAGACCAACCAUGAAAAACGUUUUGCAAGUGCUCAAAGGGGAAGCAGAUCCGCCGAYUUUGCCCCAUGAAAUGCCUUUGUUUGUGUGGCCGCUGCCGCUCGUGCCUCCGUCGUCGAGAGACAACACAGAUAGCUCUCCGAGAGAGACCCAACUUUCCGAUCCAUCAACAUCAACAAUGACAGAGCUUGUUGGGAGAUAGAUAAAUUUAAUGGAUGAUUUUGUGUAUUCUGGUGAAAGGAUCACCUUUUUUUUAAGCUAAGUUAUCCAACAGAAGAAAGUUCCAAAUUCCCAAUUAAAGUUACAACACACAUCUAAAACURAAACCGAAACUACGCUUUCAGAAGAAACGAUAAUAAAAAGCUUUAAAAUUUCAGAGACGACAGUUUCAUAUGAAUUGCAUGUAUGCGUGAAGCCUACAUAUGAAUGGAAGGUGGUUUCAUAUAAGAAAUAAUUUCUUCAUUGGCAUAAAUAAACUAAGCAUAUAGAUUUUUCUGUGCAGCAACAAAUACUACAAUCUUUUUCUCAAAAAAACUGARUUCYAUGUUAGUUUGUGAUCUGAAGUAUAAAUUCUACCUAAGAAGCAACGGUUUCAUAAGUCUAACUAGCCACGACACGAUAAAUAAAUUCACCAACCAAAUAYAAACUCGACCUUACAUUCUUAAACUAUAUAAACCUAUCAGGUGAGCCAGACGCCUUUGGUAGACUUGGGAAGCUUCAAAAAGGAAGGUAUGGUUUCACUUUCAUAAAAGAAAAACCAAACGCUUGCAGGAU